ACAUAAUUGAUUUUACGUUUUUGUGACUUUUAUGUGUGAUUAUAAAUUUUAACUGUAAUGUGUACUUUCGCUAAGUUUGUAAGUUCAGGAAACAUUUUAUCCACUAUUUGCGUUAUAUCGAGGAUUAACGGUACCUCGAGCCCACAUCAGUUUGUUUAUUACAGUCUUGUGACUGGAUCAGUGUCUUGUGGUAAAUGACAGGCACGAUCCCGCAUUUUAGAGUCGGUGCCAGCUUUACCAUAUGUUUUGCUCUGUAAAGAUGCCAAUGCAUGCUUUAGCAGGUGAUGACAUUUACGCGACCAAUGAAAUAACGCGUAACAAAUGCCUUCUGUCGCCAUUUGCGUUUACGCCAUUUGUUCUCCGAAGGGGGUAUAAUAAGUCAAAUCCGAUAUUCCUGAAUACCGUUUGAUUUAUACGGGAAAGUGUCUAUUGUAUUGAAAACAAAUCAGAUGUCUUUGUAUGAAAUAAAAGCACAAUAUCUGCGUUCACAAUGAGUGGAUAGUGGUGGUAUGACAUAGAUGCAUUCACAGUGAUGCUGUUUAUCCCGUCCCAGCCUCGGAGGGAAGUCAACAUCUAAACCUUCUGCUACAGUUAGCCGCUGGUGCCUGGCUCUAUUUGAAGAGAAUCUGAGAGGCGUACUUUUAAUAUUGGCGUUAUUUUUGGCUCGGAUACUUAUUUCAACACGAGAUGAGGGUGACCUAAGCUCCCCUAUCUCACCGAUUGCGCGCCUAUGGCGUGCGGCAACAGACUAUAUCUCUCUAACGCAAGGAUGAUGGUGUCAUGGCGUUUGCUUCCACGAAAUUCCGAGAUCUUGUAGACUCUAAAAUGCCACCGGUGUCGCAAGGCAAAGGAGCGAAACGCAAAGGAAAACGUUCUGAUGGCAGUUUUUCGGAUAGUUCUAACAGCUUUAUCAGACAGGGUUCUGCUGACUCCAACUACAGCCAGCCUUCCUCCGACCUCUCCCUGGAUGAAGAACGGGAGACACUGCGGCGAGAGACGGAGCGACAAGCACUGGCCCAACUGGAAAAAGCCAAAACCAAGCCAGUAGCUUUUGCCGUGAGAACCAAUGUGUCUUACGAUGGGUCCCUGGAUGAUGACUCGCCUGUCCAUGGGUACGCAGUGUCUUUUGGGGUCAAGGACUUCCUCCAUAUCAAAGAGAAAUUCAAUAAUGACUGGUGGAUAGGGCGUUUAGUAAAGGAGGGGUGCGAUGUUCGCUUCAUCCCCAGUCCAGCCAAGCUGGAGAACCUCAAGCUGCAGCCAGGCGGCGGUGGGCGCACAGGAAAACUCUACACAAGCAAAACCAACUCUUCCUCUAACAUUGACAACCUGCUCGCCAACUCCAAGUCUUCUAUACGUGGGUCUACACCACCUACUCCAGGUUUAGAAGAUCAGAAUGGCUUGGACAGCAAUCUUGGAGAGGAUAGUGACAGUCUUGGUAAAACCAGCAAAGCGAACAUUACACCACCGGCAAAAGAAAAGCGAAAACCUUUCUUUAAAAAGUCUGAAAGCAUUCCUCCAUAUGAAGUUGUGCCUUCAAUGCGGCCUGUCGUGCUGAUUGGGCCCUCCCUGAAAGGGUACGAGGUGACGGACAUGAUGCAGAAGGCACUGUUUGAUUAUCUCAAACACAAGUUCGAGGGAAGGAUAAUCAUCACUCGUGUGACAGCUGACAUUUCACUAGCUAAGCGUUCACUUCUCAACAACCCCAGCAAGAGAGCAAUCAUGGAGAGAGCAAACAGUCGGGCUGCUGGGCUAGCUGAAGUACAAGCUGAGAUUGAGCGGAUAUUUGAACUGGCCCGAACCCUUCAACUGGUUGUGUUGGACUGUGACACGAUUAACCAUCCAUCUCAGUUGGCAAAAACAUCUUUAGCUCCAAUUAUUGUUUAUGUCAAAAUUUCAUCACCAAAGGUACUACAGCGAUUAGUCAAGUCAAGAGGUAAAUCCCAGAGUAGAAAUAUGAAUGUUCAACUUGUGGCUGCUGACAAAUUGGCGCAAUGUAGUCCCGAAAUGUUUGAUGUGAUUCUGGAUGAAAACCAGCUGGAUGAUGCUUGUGAUCAUCUGGCUGAGUUUCUGGAAGCUUACUGGCGUGCCACCCAUCCUCCCACCCUCACCCCUGCCUCCCCCCUCCACCCCCACAGGACUAUGCCCCAGUCCCCUACGGGACCCCUGUCCAGGCACAACACAGUGCCUGCAGGUGUCUCCCACAGUCGUUCAGGCAGUCUGGAGCGCCACCGGCGACCAGCGUCACCAGAGCGUCGCCAUGAGCACGACCGAGAUGCCAGGUUACGGGAUGUUCACGACUAUGACCGUGACUACCAGUCACGUGACUAUGACACGAGGGGGGGCAGGGACUACGGAAGGGGAGAUCCUCGUGACCAACGUUCUCACGACUAUGAUUCACGGAGACACGCUCGGGAUUAUGAGCACCAUAUAGACUCGCGAGAUAAACUCCAUAGCUCUCCGCGGAAUAAAAAUUACCCGCCUUUGCAGGGAAGUAUAGACAUCUAGCAUUGGAUUUGUGCAAUUUCUGAUGGAGUUGGUUCUUGGAGUAUCCAACUACUGGUUGUUUGUUUAUGGAUUACCACAUUUUAAUGUGAUGCAAUCUGUUUUCUCUCCUUUGUCAAACUUGAUAUCUUGUGGGAGCGGCUGUGUGACUUACACCAGUAAGGACCCAGGAUUAUUCCAGCAAACCUUCAUGGAGUGGAGUGACCUUUGACCUUUGGAGUGUAAAUUGCAUAUAGCAAGCUCGACUUCACCACUUGUUGUGCAUAAUGAACUGUGUACGUACUUUGGUACUCUGCAGCCAAAGUGGUUUAUUUGAAAAAAGGUUUUUUGCUCAAAUCUCUUUAGCUCUGUACACUUGUGUGUUAUGGGAAAGUUUGUGAGCCCACAUUUUUUAGCUCCAGAAAUGGGGAACUUUCUAAUUUCUUUUGUUUUCUUAAUGUUUUAGAGUGCUUGAAAUUUGAACAAAUCUUUUUGUAUCAGAAGCAUAGCAUCAAAUGUUUUCAUUGGACAAGUGAGAUGUACCAGUUCUAUACUCCCAGCAUCUACACAAGACUUCGCGAAAGUCUGUCAUUUAUAACAUUUGAUCUCUUUGCAUUAAUUACAUAUUGAAGUAUCUCUCCAUAUGAAAGUUUUGUAUAAUAUUGGAAUAACCUCUUACUCCUGUUAAGUGCUAUGCUUCAAGGUAUCAUUUUAAAACCAAAAAAAGCCACAAUAAAUGGCAAGGGCAAAGAAUGUUAUUAUAAUGCAUUUUUGUGAUUUAAAUUGUUUCCAGUUUGUUCAUUGAAUUUUAAAUCUCGAUAUUUCCAAAUAGAAUAUUAAUUCCCAAAUCUCUUUAGUGUAGUCCUUUUUUUCUGCAGAGAGUUUCCAUAUAUAAACAUGCUGUUUCCUUUUGAACUGAAUUGUUACAUGCUACACAUGAAUUCAGGCAUAAGCUGCCAGUGGAACUCCUUCAGAUGCUCCCUCAUGAAUAUUCAUGAAGUUAAUGACCAAAGAUAAGAAAGCUAUGUCAGAGGUUUCACAAAACCUUGUACUGGUAGACAUUUGGUUCACAGAGGAAUCUGCCUGAGAAUCGUCUGGUGCAAUUUCUCUGAUGCAGAAAAGGAUUAUUAUGGGAAGAAGAUUUCAGUGUAGGUGGAUCAUAUUUCCAGGAACUUUUUUCUUAUUUGUUAACAUUACUUAGUACUGAAGAAUUUUGUGCACUGGUAGAGGUUUAAAUCUGAUCAAGACAAUGAAUUUGUUGUAUAUUUGCUCUGAAGUUGUUCCAUAAUAUUUAUGCAGCACUUACGGACUUAACUCGGGUUACUAAUGAGUAUCAAGCUUGAAUAGGCUUUCUUUAUAGUUUCACAUUAUUUGAAGGAGGUUGAAGUUUUCCAGGAAUGUUUUCACUGUGUAAAGAAUUGUGUUUGUGAUAUUUCAAGGUUAUCAGAUUGUGUUAAGUUCUCAAAAUAACAUUGUUGUGUGGAUGUAUUGAAGUUCCUGACUGGUUGUCAGCAGUAGGGUGAAAGAAAACACUGAUAUUAUUCCUGAAUUGGUACGGAUCAAGUAGGCAUUGUCAAAUAAUUUCAAAAUGUAGCUGGUAGUUUUGAAAGCACACGACUAUCCCUUUGAUGGAAACGCAUCAACUGAGAUCAUUUAAGUAAUAUCAUUAGGCAUAUGGUGAUGUGUAUCACAGGUAUAGACUUGGAUAUUAUUUAUUAGUCAGUAAUACUGUUACCAGCUCAAGACAAUGAUAUUUAUUGGUUUGUAUAUGUAAUUGCUUUCAAUUCACUGAUCUAUUCCAAGCUGUUCAGGACCAAAUGAUGCGCACAAGAAACUUAGGAAAUCUUACUCAAGCUUAACAUUAGUUGUGUGUUCUUUGUUUCUCUUCCAUAUAUUUAUCUGAGGUAGAUGCUCAGCUGUGCAGAUUGGUCAGCCUUGUGCAUGGCACCUAUUCCUCCAACAUCAGUCUCGGGACUCCUGCACUCGGUCACUAUGAUGCACCAUAGUGUUUUUAUUCAACCUAGUAAUUAAUACCUGCCUGACGUUUGGUAAUUACGCCAGAUGAGAAACAAUUGCAUAACUCGAUAUGUUUCUUCCGUUUCGUUUGUAAUGAAUAAUUUGAUCCAUCUGUUAAAAGAUACUUUUCUGAUCAUAUACAUAGAUGUUUCCAUUACAGUAGUUCAUAGACACAGAUGAUAUUAAAAUUGAUUUGGUGCGGGCACCUAUUAUAAAAGAUCAUACUGUAUCCUUUGUUAAAUAUAUACUUAAUAUGAGAAAAAUACUUGCUAAUCUCAUCGUUAUUACGUGUGAUAUUAUUCAAAAUUGUGAUUAAAACAACCAUGACCUGAUGUCUCAAACUGCUUUUUCAUAUUGUAUGUAUCUCAUCUUCACAUAUUUAUUCAACAGUUUUAAUUAUUUCUUCAUAUGUUUUGUGUGCUGACUUAUUUGCAUAAGGUGAUACAUGUAUCAUUUCCCCUUUGUUAUCAUAGUGGCAAAGCAUUUUUUUUCACUUUUCACACCGGGUAUAUUAUUGUGAUGUAACCUAAUUUAUUACCACCUAUUUUUUAGUUGUGUAUGAAGCUCAACCAACAUACCUUGUGAAUUCCAUCAACAAUGUGUUUUUGGUCUCACUGAGUGGGAUGAUUAUGGUAUGAAAUUCACUGAUAGAAAGGUUACUUAGUCAGAAUGACUGAUGAAAUCUUUUUGAAUGAAUAUGUACAGAGUUUCAAAGUCUACUCAUGAGAGCCAUGCAUUAACAUUGCAGCCUGUAACAGGUGCCUCAGUGAAAGACAGGGCUUGUGAACAUUACCAGGUCUUUCAUAAUGAACGUUCUCUGUUCUAGAUAAUACAAUAGAUGCUUUCAUUCUGGCAAAAAUUCAGCUGUAAAGUAAAGACACAUUUGCCCUUGUUUCAUUACUAUUUUUAGUUACAAAGAAUUAUAUUAUCAAGACAAACUUUAGAAAUUAAUUCAAUAUUCCUUCCUAAAAUGAUAUGAUAAAUCUUGUUUGUAAUAGACAGGCUGGUUGAACAUAUGGCUCAGUAUUUGUAUUUGAAUUGACUGGCCUCCAUUUUAUUUGUUUGCUAUCAAAGAGCAAAUGUUUCGUGCAAUCCUUAUACAUUUAUCUUGAAUAGUGCAAUAUUUUGUCGUGCUGCUUUUUGCACAUGGACCUUAUAACUUUAUUUAUGUAUUGUUUUCACCCGUUAACCCUCAAUCUCUCACACCCAUCUUGGUGUCUGUCCAGGCAACUUGCACCUCUCCACAUCACAUAUUUGUUUGAAAGAUCUAGUCCUUUGUCAUCAUACAUGUGAUGUAAUCACUUUAGACAAUGCCAGUUCAGGGCUAUACUAUUACACUAUUUGCCCCUGAUGAAGGGUUGUUAUGAAAUUGUGAUUACUCUAUCAUUGCUUGCAUAUAUUGCCGUUUUACAGGUAAGAUAUAUAAAAUUAUAACAUUAUAUUGAUAUAUAUCUCCAGUGGAUAUGUUUUUCUAAAUCAGUUGUGUAACUAUGAUAACAUUUCAGAAUUUCCUCUACUUUUCAUGCGUAAUGUGAAAUAAAAUUCAAAUUUCGACACAGUUCUGUAAUCGUGUGCAGCAGUAAUCGGUAUCACAUAUAUAUCAGAUCAUAAUGAUCCUCAUUAUUACAACCCUGGUUGUUUGAAAAGAAUGUAUGUUUUCAUUCCGUUUACAUUAUACAAACAACAUUGUUCAGAGUGUUUUGUUUGUUGACAGUUUCAUUCUUUGUAUCACCCAACGGGACAGACUAUAUACAUUUUCUAACACUAUAUUACCAAAUGUUUUCCAUAACCUUAUUCCCAAGAACUGCAGUGAUUUAUCAUAGAAAGUCAACUGAGGCAUCCACUUCCCAAGAACCAAGGUAUCAUAGGAGUGUUUUCAUUCUUUUUGCCUUUUGAUAUUUUUCUUAACUGAUUUGACAAUAUUGGAUUCCAUGGUUUCUAUUUAUUUUGCUCUCUGAAUUCAUUGAUUUAUUUAAUGGAUGGGCCUUGUUUGUUUUUCCUUGUAUAUACUACAUGCCAGAGCCCAUUCAUGUAUAUCAUCUUGGCUGCCGGUUGAUAUCUACUGUUCAGCUGUUGUCUUGAUGGGAGUGUGUACAUCUCAAGUUCAAAGAACUGGGAGAUUUGGCACUGUGUGAUGUGAGAUUAGACACAGUUUUAAUGAACUAGCAAUAAGGCCAUGAUAACAAGAUAACCAGGUAUUUGCUUCCUCUGUCAAUCCAAUCUGUAUGUUUGUCUGCUCUGAAAUAUCUUCUUCUUCGAAAGUAACUAAACAAACAAUUGGAUCAAAAUCUGGUAAUUGAGUUAUCAUGAUCUUGAAAAGACAGUUUUCAUUUUCAAUUUGUCAAGCAUAUUGAUUGCUUUGAUAAAGACAUUUUUGUUAUUGAAUGCCAAGAAAUUAUUUUACAAGGUUUGGAGGAAGAAGCAGCAGUGUUUGAAUUUUAAUGUGUGGAAGAUAUUAAUGUGCAGUGGAAGCUUGCUGUUGAACUUCUUGGAUGUACAAUGCAUCUUCAGUGUCAAGAACAAUUAUAACUGUCACCUUUGUUGAUGCCUGUGUUUUGUCAGAAACACAUCAUAUGAAAGUAACAUGCAACAUUUCUAUUCUACACUCAACAUAUUAACCUCCCAGGCACCUUUCUUCUUUGAAAAUUGUUUAAAAAAAAUUACAAGGCAAAUAAUCACAAAAUAUGAAGAAAAAAAACCAAUUGGUUGAUAUUAACUUUAAGAAUUCAAAUUUCAUAUUCUCUGAGAUGAAUUAUAUAAGAAAAGCUGUUAAAUUGUCAUGAAUUAAUUCUCAUUACAUAAUAUAAUGGCCAAUUGUUCAUUUCUUGGUUGAUUCCAGUAACUUCUAACAUGAAAAAAAUAGGAUCCCAUUGAUAAUUUGUUUCUUAAAAAGUCUUUAACAAUGUCUGUGUUUAUGCACAAGCACAUUUUCCUAAUUAGAUUCUUUGUUUCACAUGAAAACAUUUCCUUCCCAGAUUUAAGUAACUAUUUUAUACUGCAUGUCCGAUUUAGCAAGUGCCCCAUAGGUUCAUGAACACAAGGAACUGGUCAUUUGCUGAACCUGACAGUAUCAUUAUGUCUAGUGUCAGGCUUACUGUUCUGUCCACACCCAAAUACAUAAUACUUGUAUAUAACACAAACAUUACUGUGUUGUAGUUUCUUUGGAGCUUGAGUUCUGACCAAUAACUAGAGCUUCCGAUAGGGUUCUGGUCAUGGGUACUGUUCUUGUGUCGGAGAAGCCCACCCAAAGUCUUGCUGUUCAUGCCACAAGGUCUCUUGUAGAUACAAACACUCAUACAGUAGAAUGUCUUUUGUAAUAUUCUGUGCAUAAUUGGCUUUGAAACAAGUCAGUUGACUCUUUUUCAACUCUAGAAGCCUGAAUGUUUCUUUGCAAUACAAACACAAUGAUUUCCUUACACAACCUUACAACAUGGUAAUCCUGAUAUGAUGUCGCUGUUAGUCUGUUCCGACAUUUGCAUGCACUAUUGUUUAUUCCUCUAUAGAUAAGUCUUACUACUGCUGUAAGGCAAUGCCUGUACACCCUCUGUUUAUAAUUGCUGCCCGUGACCACCAUACCACAUUGGGCUGCCAUCAAGUGCAGGUAACUCCAGUAGGUGUGGGAUUGCAGCCAUGUGCAGUGAUGGAUCAGUGUUUAUGAUGGAAGUUCCAUGGCUGCAGUUACUGUCAUAGUGGUAUGAUUGUCAGUAUGUCAGACAGCCCUUCAGCAGCCUUGGUGAUGCAGUUGUCUGUUUGUCUCUGUAGGGACAGGCUACAUUACCCAUGCUGCUUAUGUGCCAGGGCCUCGUCUAUAUUCACUGUCAAGCUUUAGCUUCUGUCUGAAUGCCAUUGACUGUUUCCCUUAUUGUGGCCACCGAACAGGCCAAUCUGGUUUUAUUUUCACCAUGUGACUCUUGUUGGAUUUGUAAAUAAAAUUUUUAUCUCCUA